AUGAUCACUUCCCUUUCGAGAUGGAAGUGUCGUCAUGAUGGUCUCGAUGAACAAUCCGAAGCAGAACAGAAAACAUCAUCGUCAUCAUCUUCAUCACUUCCUCCAAAUGCAAAACGAAACGAUAAAAUGAUAACAUUGGGAUUAUUAACCCCGAAUAAUAUUGAGGUUGUGAAAAGGAUCAACAGAGGCACAUUUCCGAUGAAUUAUAGCGAACGAUUUUACGAUUCAAUCGUUGAUUUUCGCGAACUCUGUAGACUAGCCUUCGUUUGCGAUAUUCCCGUCGGAGCAGUUUGUUGCCGUUUGGUAUUUCCUGGUGAUGCAGCGAAGGAUUUUUCAAGUUCUUCAAGUUCAGACAUCAUUGAUACUUCAAAUCCUUCUCUAACUCCCCCAAAGUUACAUCAAUGGCAACUAACAACCCCUCAGGGAAGACCCACAAAAAAGUCGACGGACAUCCCAACUGCACGGCUCUGCAUUAUGACGCUUGCUGUUCUUGCUGCUUAUCGUCGCAGCGGUAUCGGCUCACUGCUUCUGCAAUGGGUUGUGGAUCGAUGCAAACAACUGCGAUCUGGAGAGGCUGAAUUUUGUCUCGGUGGAGUUCCUGGACUUCCACAAGGACAGGGUCAAGUGAAUGUUACAGAUAUCUAUUUGCAUGUUUGGAGUGCAAAUAGAGAAGGGAUCGAAUUUUAUAAAAAUCAUGGUUUCAUACAAGAUACCGUUAUCGGGGAUUACUAUAAAUCAUUAACACCAUCGGAUUGCAUUGUAUUUCGGAAGGUCAUACCAUAG